AUUGUUGAUAAAAGAUUAAAUGAAAUGAGAAAAGGGAGCAGACGAGUUAAGUUCGAACUCCAGAUGGCCGGGGAGGAUAAAUAUGAUGAGGAGGACCCUGAAGUAUUUGACGAUGUCGAUGAUGAUGAUGAGGAGGAGGAGGGGAAAGUAGUUGAACUUCUGGAGGUGUAUAGAGAUAUAUCUGCUCGAAUCAACUCCGAAAUCCAACUUCUCCCCCCACUUCUUCCCUUCAGGUUUGGUAACGGACUUCUCAUGCAGUAUGUUGCAAACAGUCCUGGGAUAGAUGAUAAGCUAGGAAUAAUGGAGGUCGGGCUCCUAAUCGCUCUAACUAGCCUAGGACUACACUUUACUAACGUCCUCCUGAACUACGUCAAGACCUACAUCUGUGCACUGGAGAUAGAGAACAGUAUAGAAAUAACGUCGAUGAAGCUGCCUCUGAGGUACACCAACAUCCUUAUCAUGUUCCUUCAGUGCGUCCUGCUUGUUGUGCUGUUCCUGUACUGUAUUUACUACUACACGGUGAUUGACACCUUGAACCCGUCGAGUCCGUUCUACGUGGCGGACAGGAUCUUCUACUUCUCCAUGGUGGUCUCCUCCAUUAUGUUCGUCUCCCUCAUCAUUGGGUUAAUCAUCCUGGUCUACCUAAAGCAUAAGAAACAAAGAAUUGAUCCAGACAUAGGUCUACUCAAACAAUUAACAGAAAUUUGUACUCCAUCUACCAACUUAAUACCUAUGGGAGUAGCCAACGGUCUGAUUGCCCUCUAUAUUAUCCAACCCCCGGAUGCAAACAAGGAUGAUAAGGUGUUCCUGGAUACACUCGCACUCACCCUCGGAAGCAUCUCCAUCUUCCUCUCCUCUCUAGAGAGCAUCGGUAAGAUUGCUAUGAUGGUAGCUCUGCGCGACGGUCAGCUGGAUAUUGAUGAAAAGAAAACGUUAUCUACUCUACAGUUGCUGAAAAAUACAGCUCUGGUUCUGCAACUCAUACUCUUCUGUGUUAUGUUCGCGCAUUGUCUCGUUAUCUAUAAUUUCAACUGGAUUUGUCCCAGAAAUAUUCUAAUAGUUUGUUCGAUUAUCUCUGGUUUAAUCGUCAUCUUUGCCGCCAUCUUUGCUAUUAUUGUCCUGGUAUUCCGUCACUUAGACUUUGAGGGUUCGGAGGACAACGUCGAGGAGGACGGAGAGGACAAGGACAAGGACAAGAAAGAGGACAAAAAGGAGGAAGAGGAAAAGGACAAGAAGCCAAAGGACGGAGAAGAGGACGAUUAGGGGGCGGGGGAAAUGAGAAUUUAAAGGAAUAAUUUUUACACAAAAGAAGAGAAUUAUUGGGAAAUGAAAAAAAGCUCGUAUAAUGAUUUCAAACCAAUGACACAACUUUAUCUGUAUUUUUAUUAAUUUCAUAUAUUACGGUAUUACCUCUUGAAUUAUAAUUCCAGUUAUCAUCAAAUUAUUCUCUAGUAAAAUUUUACGUAAAGGAAAAGUGAAAAAAUAAUGUAUUUAAUAAACCCCCUUUGACCUUCCCCCAUCCUACCCACUCUUUAUUUAGAAUCAGUUAUUACUGAAUUGUUUAUUUUAACUAAAAACUCACAAAAUUUUAUGUGUUCAAUAUGCAUUUUAAGUCAAAUCAUGAAAUAGUGAAAUUUUUCUUUAAUAGAAAUUUUUCGAAAUAAAAAACGAUUUG